AUGGCCACUACUCUUUCCCUAUUCUGGAAUUUAUCAUCAGCAUCGAAAAAAGAACGUAUCGGUGCAACAGUCAAGCUUGUUAAUUCCCUUGAAAAGUUUCAGGGACAACACAUUCCCAAGCCUGAGGUUUCGCCAGGCUCCGAGGAUGAUGAUGAAAAUGUUGGUUCAACGGAUGGCCUGGAUGUCUUGAAUGCGCAUGAUGUCGCGUACUCUAUACGACGACUUAUACGAGGACUUGCGAGUCCUCGGGAAAGUAGUCGGCUCGGCUUCAGCGUUGCCCUCACCGAGUUACUUUCUCGGCUGGACACUGUCACGUCUGCUCAAGUCAUCUCAAUUAUCGUUGAUGGAUCGAAGACUCAGGGGUCCAUGACUGGUCAAGAGGAACGCGAUGUCCUAUUUGCUCGUCUCUUUGGACUUGCCACUGUCAUUCACUCUGGACUCCUUGUACGGCAGACCCCGCUGUCAACAUCUCCUUCGUCUGCCACAAAUUCGUCGAGUCUUGAAAGUUACAAGGAGCUUGUCAACCAUCUUCUCGUCCUCGCUGAGAAGAAGUCCUGGCUACGAGAAUGUACCUGGUGGAUUAUCGGGCAGGCUAUUGAUGCUGUUAUAAACUCUUCCGUUUCUUGGAAAGAGGAAGCUCUAGCUUCUACACUUGAAGUUGUAUACGAGCGUGAAAAGAACAUUUGGACACCAGAAACGGUUGCCAUAACGUUAAAAUUACAACCUGCGAUGCCCGAGCAUGACUGGAAAAGUACUCUAGCGCCGAUGUUCAAAGAUUCGGCCAUUUUAGCUCCCGCUAACUUUUCGUCCCUUGGGCGUAUAUUGAAGGAAACCCCUGGCGGCGAUGAGUCGCAACAGAAUAAUACGGGGACAUGGAAAGCUCAGUUGCAUUAUGUAUGGAAUAUCAUUUUUGACAGCUUUCUCCCUGAGGGCGAGCCAGAACGUCGCCGGAAUGCAUUAUUUCAAGAGUUCUUCAGAGUAGUAGUCGACGAGACAUUGUUCGGGGCGUCAUCUUCUCCUGAACGGAAGUUCUGGGGGUUCCUUGUCUUCAAAAAAGCUUUACGCCAUGUAAACGGUACCGAUCUUCCUAUGCUUUUCACGAAAAAUUUCAUGCGGUCUUGGAUCAAUCAUCUUUCUCACAAAGACCGUCACCUUCACAAAAUAUCACUAGAUGUGGUCAAAGAUAUCCAAGACUUUGUUCAGCAGAAACCCGAGCUUGGUUACACAUUGAUCCUACAGUUAACUGGGAUUCAUGGGAGCCAACAGUUUGAUAAACUGACCAAAACGAAGACCGUAGAAUCAAUAUUGUCGAGGAUGGACAGCGAUGGUAUUAUGAAGUAUGUCCAAAGUCUACUCGAACAAAUGGAUGAGUCUAGCGGGUAUGUCGACACUGUGGCAGACGAAGCUAAAAAAAUUUGGGUUGCAGACCAGUUCACGGCCCUCGUUCGCAACGGUGCCAUUCCAAAACGUGAAGAUUGGAUUCAGCUCAUCCUCAAUUGGUUCGCUGUGCAAGGGUUAUACUUGGUCAAGAGAAAGUCUGCCAAGGGAUUUCUUGCUGCGCUCCAUGUCACCCCCUCUAGUCUUCCUUCUGAGGAUUUCCGGCGGAUUUGUCGCGGUAAACUUCUUGGUUGCCUUGCUGAUUUGAUACCACCUACCACAUCACAGAAAGGUGACAAGGCGCCAAAGGAGGGGAUAGUUGACGACGAAUCGUGGAUAUCGAAGGUUUUCAAUGCAAUCAAUCAUCUGGACAAGGACAGCAAACACGUCACGUGUCUAUCGGAGCCAAGUCAGGAGGAGCAACUGCUACUCCAACAAGCUUAUAAGACAAUAGAUCAUCUUAGGCAGGUUGAUGGUGAUAUGAAAGAGGCAGCUAGAGGGGUAGAGCUCCUCCUGUCAGCCUCUCUGCUUCAUCGUCGCUGCGCCAAUUUGGACGAUGAUGAGCUUGAUGCGGGGAUACUUGAGGCGAGUACUUGUAUUUCUGCUGCCGCAACCAUGUUUUCUACCGACAAGAAGUCCAAAAAUCGCAGAAAAUCGCACACUAUUUCACAACCAGAAUCCAACUCUAUCAAACCGAUAGACAUGCUUGUUGAUGUGCUCAUUGGUUUUCUUGAAAAGUCCACGUCUUACCUCCGUGCGAUAGCCAACAGGACAUUCUCAUGUAUCGCUAGCGCAGCCACAGAAACUACAAUAGAUCUUAUCGUUGUCCAAUUGGAGCGCCGCAACCCAGCCGAUCUGGUCGCCGAUGACGAAGACGAGACAGCGAGCGCAACAAGUGAAGAUGAAGAUGACGAUGACGAUGCUGAGUGUUCCGACGAAGAUGACGAUGACGAUGCUGAGUGUUCCGACGAAGAUAACGAGUCCGAUUUAGAUGACGGUGACGAAGCUGCUCUCGAACUUCGGAUGAAAAUUGAGGACGCACUCAAAGCAAACGGCGUCGAGGCUGCCAUUGGGAAUACCGAUGAAGAGUCCGAGGAAGAACUAGUAGAUGAUGAGCAAAUGAUGGCCAUUGAUGAACACCUCGCAGAAGUUUUCCGUUCUAGGUCUGGCGAUGGCAAACAAAGUAAAAAUGUCAAUGCACAGCGAGAAGCUACUCACUUCAAGAACAGAGUCUUGGACUUGGUUGACAUUUUUACGAGGAAGAUGCCCCAGAGUCCUCAUAACCUGCGUUUAGUGUUGCCGUUGAUCGAACUCACAACUAAAAGUGGCAAGGACGAGCGCCAGCUAUCUGACAAAGCCCGUGGUAUCCUCAACAAUAGGCUCGCAAAGCUCAAAGAUCCACUCCAGGAAGUGGACCAAGAAUACGCAGAGACUAUACUGGACGAGCUGCAUACCAGGGCUCGUAAGGCGCACUCAUCGGAUGCCCUCGCGGCUCUCAGUCACUGCAGCCUCUUCAUGUGCAAAGUAUUAACGAACGUCGACUGCGAGAAAUCUGUUCUUCGGCUGUACAGGGAGUCACUAUCAGACUUCAUGACCCGCAAGGCUUCCUCGUUGAACAUUACAUUUUUCAAAGAUUUCAUCACUCGUUAUCCGGCAUUAGGGUGGCGCCUCCGUGAUGACGUACUAGAUACGUCUCCGAAAGCCAUCAAUGCUUACAGGAAAUGCCAGGCUUUCCAGCUGCUCAACGUAAUUCUUACUCUAUCGACCUCAGCGGGUAACUCACAAGAUAUCUUAUCUUUCAUUCUGAAACUCCACACAAAUGUUCUCCACUUUAUCGAUUCAGCAUGCGACGACCAAGUUUCCCUCUCGGCCGCACAAAUCAAAGACCUUUUCAAAUUGGUCAUGCUUAGCAUUCGUCAGGCAAGCAAGGUCGAUAGCAGUAGUCAAAACGUGUGGGACUCAGGGGCUUGGCGCACGCUGCACGGACGACUCGUCGCUUCGAAGCGGUUCGGUUCAUCAUUAGCUAUCCACAAGCUGUGCUCUCAAGUGGAUUCAGCCUUACAAGCUCAACACAGCAAACAACAUAAUUCGAUAGCAUCAAAAAGGAAGGCAGAGGAAGUUGAAGCUGAAGGUGUUCCAUCCGAUGCUAAGCGGAAAAAAAAGAAGAGCGUCCCUACUACUCAAUCGUAA